AUGGCAGAAACAGCUGAGGUUGCAAGAGCAUCCAGGAGCAUCAUGUCAGAGGCUCCUAGAUGGACGGACAGAGGGCUGGGGUGGGAGAAGGACUUCGUUUUCAAAGAGUUGGCAAGGAAGCUGGGAGACAGGCUGGAGACGCAGGCUAACGGGGGAGCAGGAGAGCACCGCCUCCCUGGAACACUGGGAGAGGGGGUUGAAGGCUGCAUGAGCCACAUUCCAAGUGGAAUGUCAGACAGGGCAAGCCCAACUGCAGACUUACCUGCCUGGGUGUGUACCACUCAUUCAUGGCCUUUGGUGCUUGGAAAGGAACGAUCUGGCAUCCCCAGAACCUUCCAGAGAAACUUGACUGUUGCUAAUCACCGUCAGGAUAUGUUGGAGCUGGAGGCUGAGCAUGACCAGGGCCUGCAGAGUAAACAAGAUGAGCAACAAACACAUCAUGUUCAAUGUGAGGAUCCUGAGGUGGCCACAUCUUUGCAGUUUUCAGAGGAGAACGUCCCUGAACUGAGUCAGGAGAACAUGUUUUUCCAGCUAAACCACUGGAAUACACAGAUGGGUCUACAAGCAAAAGAACUCGGAGCUGAUCACGUGGGCUGGAUGAAGAAAAUUAGCCAUAUUAUACAAAAAGUAAACCUAACAGAAAACACAAUGAAGAGCUUACUAAAUGAGGUGAUGUCCUUGGAGGGCCAAAUUGAAAAGCUGGAGUCACACCAGGACCUUGACCCUGACCAGGGGGUAAACAUCGAGGUUGAUGCUUGUAAUGAAGCUCAUGAAUUAAAGGAGAAACUCAUUGCAGAAAUAGAGAACUUUUGCAAGGACAUGACUGUGCUGAAUGCAAGGCUGGGGAUGCGCCAAAAGCAAGAAGAGAGCACAGACUCCCAGAAUUCUGAAGAAACGGGUUUGGAAGAAAUGGAGCCCCUGCAUCUUCAGGCUCCAGCCCCCACUUCAGUGCAGAGCUCUCCUCCUCCCAUUAAAAUAUGGAAACGUGCACUGAGGAUUUUCAUCAUAUUUUAUGUCCUCACCUUCACUGUACUUUCAUGUUACAUAUUAUUUUUUGAUGCUACAUUUAUCUUUGAAAGGGUGCUCCCCACAAUGCUUGGGCGGCGCAGAAUGUGGGAACUACGGGAGAUUAUUGCACCUUUCUUAAAUUUGGAAGUGGAAGACUUGUUACCUUCCUAA